GUCGCCUUAUUUUGAUGAAGCCUUCAAAGACAGUCGACUCCUAAAUCCCAAGCAGAUGGGGAGGCCAGAAAUAGUGUUUUUCCCCGCUGUCCGGCCAGUGGUGAUGUCGAAGGGGAGAUGGAUAGACUCCUAAAUAGUAGAUGGAGAUCACCCUUUACUUUACUGUCGCCGUGACCGAAGCAGCUUCACUCCGAGUUGAUUGGCUGAUGAGCUACAACAGAAGUGAACUUCGGCCGCUCCCAGAUCUGGAACUGGGCGUCUGUGUGUGGCAGCAAGGAAGGCAGAGACAAAAAGACACGUACCACGGACUGAACAGAUGGGAUCCUCCAAACAGAUGCCAUUGUUCCGAAAAAGUUAGAUUGCAAGAAGAAAGAUCCAAAAGACGCUAUGGCUGACGAUGUCUGUGGACUCAGAUAAGUCCCGCAUGCUGCUGUCACCGCGAGACUCGCGGACCACGCCAUGUGUCUUUCAACCGGCUGAGGAGAAGGAUGACAUCCCCGGUGUGGGGGACGAUAGUGUUCUGGAGAUGCUGAGCUACUCCAAGUUCUCUGACCUGGAGACAUGGCUGUGCAUGCCCUCCACUCUGCUCCCCAGGGCCCUAGAGUCCACCCUGUCGACCUCCUCCUCCUCCUCAAACACAUCCGUCCCUUCGAACCCUUGUUUCUCUACCUGCAGCGACACCAGAAGGCGGGCCAUGCCGGAAAGGCCUCAGGGGAGCGAGGUGGCGUUCCUCAAAGCGGCGCUCGGGACGGAAACCCCCUUCCUCAUGACACCCCUCGGCCCCAUCCUCUCCUCCACCCCCUGCUCGGCCGUUGGCACGGCGACGACCUCCACCUCGCCGACGACCUCCACCUCGGGAAAGACCCCUACCUCUGCAAUGAGCUCUGUCUCUGCAAAGAUCCCCACCUCGGCAAAGACCUCCGCCUCGCUGAUGACCUCCACCCCUGCAAAGAUCUCCACCUCAUCAAAGAACCUCCCCACCUCGUCGAAGACCUCCACCUCGCUGAUGACCUCCACCUCGCCAAAGAUCUCCACUUCGUCAAAGACCUCCACCUUGCCGAAGACCUCCACCUCCGCCUUGCCGAAGACCUCCACCUUGGGGAGAGCCUCUGCCUUGACCUCCGCCUCGGGGAAGACCUCGACCUCAGCAGAGACUUCCCCCAGCCCCUCCACCUCGCCGGCGGAGCCCGUUCCCUCUCUCCAGGGAGGGGUCAGUGUCAGGAAGCGCCGACGGCUGGGGGCCAGUCCUGGUGGGCUUCGCUGGAAUGCAGGAGGCUCCGUUCUGCGUGACUUCGGGGCCCUGGAGCUGUCUCCUGUGUCGGGCCCCGGGGCCAAUGGGGGGACAGGAAGACCAGUAGCAGCAGCAGCACGAGGAGGAGGAGGAGGAGGAAGUAGAAACCGAGUUGCGAGUGGAGGAGGAGGAGCAGCGUCCACGGCAUCAUCAUCGACGGUGGAACCGGCGGUCCCGGCGAGAUCUGAGGAUCACGUGGCGCUGCGGAAGGCGGUAUCCGUUGACGACCGGCUGCUCAGGCCGCCCGGCUGGGAGCUGCAGCAGGCCGGGUUGCUGGGUCACCUGGAGAAGGGCAGGAAGAAGCUCCGCGGCAUCCAGAGUCUAGGGACGACCGGCCGCUACGAGACAAAGAAGAAGUAAGUACCGUGACCUUUUACCACCUCGCUUUGUUUGUCCCAGUCCGAUAAAAACAAAUGUCAAACACUGAUUAUUGAUCACCAAAAUAAAACAUUCUUCUAUUCAUUUUAUUUGAUUCAGUAUGCAUGGGGGUUUAUUUUUUUCCAUCACAUUUCAGAGCUUUUUUACAUUUUGUUUAUAGUGCCGGCACUUUCCAGAAUCAAUGGCCUUCUCUUCGCCUCCUUUAGGGUGUUUUAUUCAUUCAGCGGUCAGUGAAAAGUGAAAAAGUGGGAAACCCUGAAUAAGCCUAUUGAUAUUUGAAAGGGUUUGAGCCACGCAAUCGACCAAAUAAUGAGGCACCAUUGAUUUAAACAAUAUUUAACACGUAUUAUACAAUAUGAUUUGUGUAUAUAAAAUAUGUAUGAUCCACAAUCAAUGGAAGAUUCGUCUGGUCGGACGAAUCAGAAUCGACCAUGCAAGAUCUUAGUCGAGGCAGCCCCUAGUGAGUACUAACGUUACAUAUGGUUGGAAAAGCCACACGCACGCACGCACGCACGCACACACAUCAAAGACACUAACUGGCCCAUGGCAGACAUCAAGAAUGAUGGCCUCACCUGGUAAAG